CUCACUUCCGCCAACUUUCGUACUCGACACCUCUGCGACGAUCCUUGGGCACUUCAUAACAGCCUUUUGCUCCAUAUGAAGCCUCUACCUUCGCGCUACUUCUCUCUCAACUUGCACUACCGCAGCCAUGCUCUCAGACGACACUUAUGACCUCUGCCGCCCCGUGCUAGAUGACGACGCGAUCGACGAGGACGAGAAGACGGAGAAGUUGGAGGAGCUGCUCAGGGACAAGGCCGGCCUGAGCGGCAAGCAGCUGGAAAAUACUGUCCUCGACGCGCUGUGGCGCCACAAGAACUCGACGUCCGAGAAUGCGUCGUCACCCCCACUCGUUCGUCACACCGUCGUGCGCAGAGCGUCUCCGGCUCCGUGGCAGGUAGCGCGCUCGGCCACGCCAACUCAUGCCCCUGGGCUGGGUGCAGCGUCUCCUGCGCUGGCGCGGACGAAAUCCUCAACGGCCUCGCCUUUCACCUCGCCGCGCGCUUCUCCACGCCUCGCUCACGUCGGACUCCAUGCACCGCACAUCCCUCACAGUCCACGACUCGAUGCAUACCAACCGAGCGAUGCCAGUCCGCCCGUGCACCAAUACCACGAUCUGGAUGGUGACUCUGUAGAUUGGCUGGUCAACGACGAGACAGGCAGCAAUGCGUCCUCGUUCGCCGGCGAGGGCGUGCUGAACGGAGCUGCUGCAGAGUGGAUGGCACCGCAAACAAUGAGUCCGUACGAUCUGUUGCGGUCUGUUGUCAAGGAAGACCGCUCGGACGAGGAGCUGGAGAAGUUGCUUCAAGAAAAUGGCUACGAUUUCAGUGCGACCGUCAUGGCCCUCAUGGACAGUCAAGAGCAAGCCAUGCCAACCCCUCCGGUGACGAUUGCCGAGCCCGCGCCGACUUUCCUUAUCGGAAAGUCUAUGAGCCCAGCAUUCCGUCCAAGCACACCCUUGGGACAGCAGAAAUCGCAUAUUCUGUGCAAGUACUAUCUGGCAAACGGUAGCUGUGCGCGAGCAGACUGCAGGUUCAGUCACGAUGCGAGCAAGGUGCUUUGCAAAUACUUCUUGAGCGGCAACUGCCUUGCCGGCGACAACUGCAUUUUCUCUCACGACCCCUCGCUUCUGAUGCAACGGAUGAUGCUCGAGAACGCGGCCAACCAACAGUUGCACCAGGUCCAACCAAACUUCCAGAUCGGGGACUACGAAGCCUUUCCCACCCUGCAGCAAACAGCUAACAUCAACCAAAUCGCAGCGUCCGGCUACGAUUGGGAUGCGUUCGAGAAACAUAAUGGUUCCAUUGGUGCGGUUGCUCCUCCGCCAGGCUUCAACCCACUAGGCCCGAACGGGCCGGGCCGGCCGCACUCGAGACCAAGCAGCCGUCACACAUCACGCGCACCGACUCCCUCGGUGCCUGCUGUCGAUGAUGCAGAGGCAUUUCCAUCGCUCGGAUCUGCUGCCGCGGCAAAAGCUUCCAAAAAGCACCAUGGCAAGCGUGGCGGUCAUGGUCAUGGACAGAAGGAAGGACCCAGCACACUCGCUGAUCUUGUACGCAUGUCACCUUCACCUGGGCCUGUUCAACUACGCAAGAAUUUUCAAAAGCCCCGCGGAUACGUCGGUCGCGAAUCUAGUGGCUCGGCGGCCUCAAUCCCCCCGCCCGAGCAGAUCCCCUGGUUGGAGACCGGUGAUGCAGCGAACAAAGCGUAUCUAAAGGCUAGAGCCGAAGCCAUCAAGCACGGAGGAUUGAGAAACAAGUUCCUGCAGAGUGCCGCUCAAGCUUACAAUCGCAAUGACUCACGUGCUGCAAAAGCCUUGAGCUUACGUGGUCAAACUGAGAAUAAUCUUAUGCGAGAGGCGCACCGUGAAGCGGCUCGCGCGCUGUACGAAGAGCGAAACAAGAGCUCUGGACCCAACGCGCGAGAGCUCUACGUGGAUCUACACGGCCUCCACCCAGACGAAGCAGUCGCUUAUCUAACCAAGGCUUUGCGUGAGCACGAGAACUCGUACCCCAUGCGUCCCAUCUACGCAAUUACUGGCACGGGACAUCAUUCUCGCAACGGUAAAGAUAAGAUAGGAAAAGCCAUACGCACGUUCUUGACCGAAUGGAGGUACACAUUCCGCGAGUUUAGCGUUCCCGGCGACAAGAACGGCAUGGGCGGGGUGAUUGGUAUUGAUCCGACGAGCUAUGAUCGCAGUGCUGCAAAGAACGACCCCACCGCUGGGGCAAGCGAAGGAGGCGCAGUAGGUGGGAGUGCGGAGAGCACAAAGGUUAGGAUUCUCAGGAAGGAGGAUGUAGAGGCGGAAAAUGCUGCCGCUGCCGCCGCUGCAGCAGCUGCUGCUGGGGGAAUCUCAAGAGAAGGCGAUUAGAUGUAGUUGGCUUAAGCGUUUAAAAGAAAGAGCAAAUGAAAGAAGAAUCUACAAGAAUCCAUGAUUGGAUGUCGGAGGUGGCCGUUGCGAAUACGACGCUUGCCAAUUUAGGUGAAAUACGAAUGCCGAGCCUUCUGAUUCAUCAA